AUGGCCAUCAUUCGUUCUCCCGCGGUGGAGAUCACCGACGCGGUGAGGCGUCGGAGCAACCGUCUCGUUGCCCCUCGUCAGGGACCAGGCUCGGGCAAAGGUGACUCGUCCUCCGGCGGGUCAGACCGAGGCGGCGGAGGGGAUGGGAAGGGGAAGGGGAAGGGAGGUGGUGAUGGAAACAAUGGUGAUAAGGGACAGGGUGGAAAAGACGGAAACAGAGGGAAUGGGGGCGGCGACGGCAGAGGUCAGGGCAAGGGGAAUGGACAGGGAAACGGGCAGGGAAACGGCCAAGGAAAAGGCAAUGGCCAAGGCAAUGGUCGAGGCAAUGGCGAGGGCAACGGUCAAGGCAAAGGAAAUGGUCGAGGCAAGGGGAAAGAAAGGCAAAGGGAACAACCAUCGGCCAAACAGCCAGAGCCGGCUCUACCUUUUCUUCCUCCCCCCUCUCUUCCUCCGCCAUCACCUCCUCCUCCAUCACCUCCUCCUCCAUCGCCGCCACCACCACCAGCACUACCAUCGCCAUCAAACGAACCAUCGCCGUCCCCCUCAACUACUGAUGAGCCCACAACGACUCCGCCUCCGCCUCCUCCUCCUCCUCCUCCUCCUCCCCCCGCGUCUUCUCCUUCGCCGCCUCCUACGACAUCUUUGGAAGAGACGACGACAUCGACAACGACAUCGACAACGACCUCGUCCGACGUGGAAACCGCACGCACGACUACAUCAACACCGCGAUUGUCCCGUGUGCCGCUUCCAAGCACUCUACCCAUCGCCCAGCAGCCCGUUGAGCCUCCUUCACGGCUGCCAAUCAUUGGAACGUUGACGCCUCUCCCGCCUCGGUCCACAUCGUCGACCGCAAGCCCUACGUCGCUUGAUGAUCUGCUAUCCCCGCCAUUCGAGAGCACUCCUGUCACCGGCACCGCGAGACCGGAUGCGAUGAUGCCAUCGCCGACAGGCUCUGCUUCAGCCACUGGAGGUCUCAAUUCUGGUCAGAAAGCCGGAAUCGCCAUUGGUAGCAUUGCCGGUGCUGCCUUGGUGGCCAUGUUUCUGGUCUUUCUUGUCCGAUGGCAGAAACGCAGGUCCGAACGCUACAUAGACUUGGAGCCCAGACCGCCGACCCGGCCCCCAAGCUGGACAUGGCCCUUUGUCCGGCCUCUAACACUUCUCCGGGCGUCGCUUGCGCCCGAGCCUCGUGUCGAGGAUAGGCCGGUCUUUCGGGCACAAGGUGUGGCGGAGCAACCACCGAUGCUUCCGCUCCCCGUGCCGGCCAAGAUCAGAGACAACUCGGGCUGGGACUGGGACUGGGAGUCUUCCUCCGUCUUUUCCUUUCCACGUGCGUCAAUGCCCUUGCUCACCAAGGACGAAGUGCGGGAAAAGAAUCAGAUCCCCGUACCAGACUUGCCGGUGGUCGAGCCUGAGUCGCCAGGAAGCUCCAUAUACUCUUCCCCAAGAGCCUCGAUUUGGGAGCGUGGCCGGUUGCACCCUUUGCUGUUGAAUCCGGUCAAGCAUUUUCGAAGCUCAAAGUAG